AUGGUUGUACCGCUCUCACUGCUCCGUGCUGGAGCUCGUCCGCUGGCGUUCAAUCCCCUCCGUACUGCCUCGCUGAGAGCCUCCCGCGUUUCUCCGUCCACCGCCUGCAGGCAAUGCCUCCAAUUGGCCCGCCUCCAGCACACAACCGCUGCUCGUCGAACAGUGCACUCAAGUUCCAGUGGAGAUGUUGAUAAACUUCAACCCCGCGACCUUCACUCGCCCCUUGACACCUUCCCCCGCCGGCACAUUGGGCCUGGUGCCGAUGCCACCGAGCAAAUGCUCGGAGUAUUGGAUCCUCCAGCCAAAAGUCUCGACGAUUUUGUGAAGCAGGUGCUACCUGUGGAUAUUCUGACUGCUAAGAACCUCUCUGUGACCGAGCCGAAAGCCUCUGCAGAGCUCCGAAAAGAUGGCAUCCUUGGUGGUCUGGGGGAGAAAGACAUGAUCAAAUUCCUAGAAUCAUACACCAAGAAAAUUGAUGUGACGGGGAAAUCUUAUAUCGGAUGUGGCUAUCAUCCCACUGUCGUUCCCCCUGUUAUUCAGCGGAAUGUCCUGGAGAAUCCCGCUUGGUACACGAGCUACACACCCUACCAACCCGAGAUUAGUCAAGGUCGCCUUGAAUCCCUAUUGAAUUUCCAAACUUUGACAGCCGAUCUGACCGGCCUGCCUGUCGCAAAUGCAUCCGUGCUCGAUGAAGGAACUGCUGCUGCCGAAGCCAUGACCAUGUCAUGGGCGAAUCUCCCUAUUAAUAAGCAAAAGCUAGAGAACAAAGUGUUUGUUGUAUCCCACCUAUGCCACCCGCAAACAAUUGCUGUCAUGAAGUCACGCGCUGAGGGGUUUGGAAUCAAAUUGGAAAUUGGUGAUAUUAUGGCCGAGAACUUUAAGAUCGUGAAAGACCAGGGUGACAGAUUGAUUGGUGUCCUCGCGCAGUAUCCUGAUACCGAGGGAGGCAUUCUCGACUUUAAAACUCUGGGCGAGAAGAUUCACGCACAAGGCGGCACAUUCUCCGUUGCAACUGACCUUUUGGCAUUGACCGUUCUCAAGGCCCCAGGGGAGUUUGGCGCCGAUAUUGCCUUUGGAAAUGCGCAAAGACUCGGUGUGCCCAUGGGUUUUGGCGGCCCCCAUGCUGCUUUCUUCGCCUGUACCGACAAGUAUAAACGUAAAAUCCCAGGCCGUAUCGUUGGUGUUUCAAAAGACCGUCUCGGAAACCGUGCCUUGCGGCUUGCGCUCCAGACUCGUGAACAGCAUAUUCGACGAGAAAAAGCCACCAGCAAUAUUUGCACUGCUCAAGCACUGCUGGCUAAUAUGACUGCCAUGUAUGCAGUGUAUCAUGGGCCACAGGGUCUUAAGGCCAUCGCCGAGCGUAUCAUGGCAAUGACUUCUCUGCUCCGCAACAAAUUACAGCUCCUAGGCUUCAAUGUACCUGUCAGAGGGAACGCUGUAUUCGAUACUGUCGUUGUGGAGGCGAAAAACAGCUCAGAAGCGGACGCAAUUGUUUCAUCAGCCUUGGAUGCUGGCAUCUACCUUCGACGAGUAGACCCAACUAAAGUUGGCAUUUCCUUAAACGAGGGUGUUGGUGUGGAUGAGCUGAAGGAGCUUCUCGCCGUUUUUGCGAACCUCUCUUCGAAAAAGGGCGCCGAAACUUUGGAUCUCAGCAAAGAUAUACCCUCAGUUGAAAUUCCCGAACCCGUUAAACGGACUUCUACCUUCCUUACCCAUCCGGUAUUCAACACUCAUCACUCUGAGACAGAAAUGCUCCGAUAUAUGCAGCAUCUCGUGUCCAAGGAUCUCUCCCUCGCUCACUCUAUGAUCCCUCUUGGCUCUUGCACCAUGAAAUUGAAUGCCACGACCGAAAUGGUACCUGUUACAUGGCCUGAGUUCUCGACUGUGCACCCCUUUACCCCUGCAGAAAAGGUCCAGGGUUACGUCGACAUGGUCGAAGACCUUGAGCAGCAACUGGCCGAUAUCACCGGUAUGGCUGAAGUUACCAUUCAGCCUAACUCAGGCGCUCAGGGUGAAUUUGCUGGUCUGCGGGUGAUUAAGAAAUACCAGGACAGUCUUGGUGAACCUGGAAAGCGAAAUAUCUGCUUGAUUCCCGUCUCUGCACACGGAACGAACCCCGCCAGUGCUGCCAUGGCGGGAAUGAAGGUUGUUCCAGUGAAGUGUGACACUGCUACUGGAAAUCUUGACGUCACAGAUCUUCGAGCAAAGUGUCAGAAACAUAAAGAUGAACUAGGAGCCAUCAUGAUUACUUAUCCUAGCACCUUUGGUGUCUAUGAGCCCACUAUCAAGGAAGUUUGUGACAUCGUUCACGAAUUUGGUGGCCAGGUGUAUAUGGAUGGUGCCAACAUGAAUGCACAGAUUGGCCUCUGCUCUCCAGGUGAAAUUGGAGCCGACGUGUGCCACCUUAACCUCCAUAAGACUUUCUGUAUUCCUCACGGAGGUGGAGGCCCAGGAGUUGGACCUAUCGGCGUCGCGGAACAUCUUCGACCAUUCCUUCCAUCCCAUCCUUUGAGUGAAUCCCUUUUAGCCAAACGACCUGCAAAUGUGGACUCGCCUCCAAUCUCAGCUGCUCCAUUUGGAAGUGCAAGCAUCCUGCCGAUCACCUUCUCGUACAUCAACAUGAUGGGCUCGAAGGGUCUCACCCAUGCUACCAAGAUCACUCUUCUGAAUGCCAACUAUAUUCUCUCCCGCCUAAAGCCUCACUAUCCAAUCCUCUAUACCAACGAAAACGGUCGCUGUGCUCAUGAGUUCAUUCUGGACGUCCGAAAAUUCAAGGCAACUGCUGGUGUUGAGGCCAUUGAUAUUGCCAAGCGUCUGCAAGAUUAUGGCUUCCAUGCCCCAACUAUGUCCUGGCCCGUAGCAAACACUCUGAUGAUUGAGCCCACGGAGUCCGAGCCUAAAGCCGAACUUGACCGAUUCUGCGACGCCCUAAUCUCCAUCCGCGAAGAAAUCGCAGCUGUUGAGCGUGGCGAGCAGCCUAAGGCUAACAAUGUUUUGAAGAUGGCUCCCCAUACCCAGCGGGAUCUUCUGUCUUCAGAAUGGGACCGCCCUUACUCGCGGGAAAAGGCUGCAUACCCCGUGCCUUGGCUCCUAGAAAAGAAAUUCUGGCCUAGCGUGACACGAGUUGAUGAUGCAUUUGGUGAUCAGAAUCUCUUCUGUACCUGUGGGCCCGUCGAAGAUACCUCAUAA